GGUAGCACCCACCCUGCUUGCUGCCUCCGCCGCGCUUCUAUGCUCUCUCCCUAGAGCUCCGCUGCUGGGGGUAGCUGCUGUGAUCCCGCGGGUUUGCCUGCCACGUGGCAGUGACAUGGAGGAAUUCGACUCCGAAGACUUUUCCACCUCGGAGGAAGAUGAGGACUACGUGCCGUCGGGUGGCGAGUAUAGUGAAGAUGAUAUAAAUGAAUUAGUGAAGGAAGAUGAAGUGGAUUGUGAAGAACAGGCACAGGAAACCAAAGGGACAAAGAGAAAGGCUGCGGGCAUUCCGUCCAGGAAGAGAAAACAGGGGGGCCUGUCCUUAGAAGGCGAGGAAGAGCUGGAUGCCGAAGCAGAAUCAGGAGGAAGCAGCAGUGAUGAGGAAGAUGAAGGUGCAGAACAGGAAAAGGGCAUUGGGUCAGAGGAUGCAAGAAAAAAGGAGGAGGAUGAACUCUGGGCCAGCUUCCUCAAUGAUGUGGGACCCAAAUCAAAAGUGCCCCCAAGUACACAAGUUAAGCAAGGAGAGGAGAUUGAAGAGACAAGUUCCAGUAAGUUGUUGGUCAAAGCAGAAGAGAUGGAGAAACCAAAAGAAACAGAAAAGGUCACAAUCACCAAGGUGUUUGACUUUGCUGGUGAAGAAGUCAGGGUGACUAAGGAGGUGGAGGCUACUUCUAAGGAAGCCAAAUCCUUCUUCAAGCAAAAUGAGAAUGAGAAGCCCCAGGUGAACUCGCCUUCUGCUCUGCCAUCACUGCCUGCGGGGUCAGGGUUAAAGAGACCAAGUGGCAUGAGCAGCCUCCUGGGGAAGAUUGGCGCCAAGAAGCAGAAAAUGAGCACCCUCGAGAAGUCCAAAUUGGACUGGGAAAGCUUCAAGGAGGAAGAGGGGAUCGGAGAAGAACUGGCCAUCCAUAAUCGAGGGAAAGAGGGGUACAUCGAGCGGAAAGCCUUUCUUGACCGUGUGGACCACAGGCAGUUUGAAAUUGAGCGAGACCUCAGGCUGAGCAAAAUGAAGCCCUGAUGGGAGGAGGGAAAAUCAGUAGCAGCUUCAUCCUGUUUACAAUGUGAGCUUCUUGUGCAUCUGUGAAAUGUGUCUGGUUUCUCUCCUCAACGUUUCCGGACAAGGUCUUUUCUCCUACUUUGAAAUACUGCCUGUGUAUCUUGCCUGUCAUGCAGUUUCACUCACUGUUACUUUUAAAAGUUUGUCCUUUAAAAAAAGAAAGAAGUCAAGAAAAUAAAGCAACGCCGGGGAGAGGCUGGCGAAGAUGA